AUUUACCAAACAUAGCUACUGAAAUGUGUAACAUCAUUGUGCAUUACUGAUACUGUAACACACACAUUCAUAUUUCAAUUGCUUCUGGAUACAGAAAACAAUUUUCACAUUGAGGUAGCCAAGAUGCAGUUUUCUGGAGGAAAGAUGAGGAAGCAGAGGUUGGCAGGUGACCAGAGAAGUGCUUGUUACCCUCAUAGCCUUCAGUUUUACCUCCAGCCGCCAUCUGAAAACAUAUCUUUGAUAGAGUUUGAAAAUUUGGCUAUUGAUAGAGUUAAAUUGCUCAAAUCAGUUGAAAAUCUUGGUGUAAGCCAUAUGAAAGGAACUGAUGAAUACCAGAAUAAGUUAGAAGCUGAGCUUCGAAGGCUCAAGUUUUCCUACAGAGAAAACUUAGAAGAUGAAUAUGAACCACGAAGAAGAGAUCAUAUUUCUCACUUUAUUUUGCGCCUUGCUUAUUGCCAGUCUGAGGAUCUUAGACGCUGGUUCAUACAACAGGAAAUGGAUCUCCUGCGAUUUCGAUUCAGUAUUUUACCUAAGGACAAGAUUCAAGAUUUCUUGAAGGAUAGCCAUUUACAGUUUGAGGCUAUUAGUGAUGAAGGGAAGAAUCUUCGCGAACAGGAGAUUAUUGCUUCAUCACCAAGUUUAAGUGGGCCUCAUUUGGACAUGGAAACAAUUUAUAAGAUCCCUUUUGCUGAUGCUCUAGAUUUGUUUCGAGGAAGAAGAGUCUAUUUGGAAGAUGGCUUUGCCUAUGUACCACUUAAGGACAUUGUGGCGAUUAUCUUGAAUGAAUUUAGAGCCAAACUAUCCAAGGCUUUGGCAGUAACGUUGCAUAGUAUUCCAUUGCUACUUAGUGAUGAAAAUCAGAGAUUGCAGCCUUUAUUGAAUCAUACAGGUCAUUCCUACACUGGUCAAGAUUACAGUACUCAGAGAAAUGCUGGGAAGAUUUCUUUAGAUCAGAUUGAUUUGCUUUCUACCAAAUCUUUCCCACCCUGCAUGCGUCAGUUACAUAAAGCCUUGCGGGAAAAUCACCAUCUUCGUCAUGGAGGCAGAAUGCAGUACGGCCUUUUUCUGAAGGGCAUUGGUUUAACAUUGGAACAGGCAUUGCAAUUUUGGAAGCAAGAAUUCGUCAGAGGAAAGAUGGAUCCAGACAAGUUUGAGAAAGGCUACUCCUAUAAUAUCCGUCAUAGCUUUGGAAAGGAAGGCAAGAGGACAGACUAUACACCUUUCAGUUGUUUGAAGAUUAUUCUAACCAAUCCACCAAGCCAAGGGGAUUAUCAUGGUUGCCCAUUCCGUCACAGUGAUCCAGAGCUGCUGAAGCAGAAGUUGCAGUCAUACGCGAUCUCUCCUGGAGGAAUAAACCAGAUUUUGGAUUUAGUAAAAGGGACACAUUACCAGGUAGCCUGUCAGAAGUACUUUGAGAUGUUACAUAAUGUUGAUGAUUGUGGCUUUUCUUUGACUCAUCCUAAUCAGUUCUUUUUUGAGAGCCAGCGGAUUCUAAAUGGUGGUAAAGACAUCAAGAAGGAAUCUAUCCAACCAGAAACUCAACCAAAACCAAGUGCCCAGAAAACCAAGGAUGCAUCCUCUGCUCUAGCCUCUUUAAACUCCUCUCUGGAAAUGGAUAUGGAGGGACUAGAAGACUACUUCAGUGGAUGA